AAGUAAGAAGCAUGACUCACACGGUGCGACUCUAUGCGACAGUCAUUCCUGUCAAAAUGUGUAAUAUAGCGAGAAACACCGCUCGCUCAUGAAUGAAAGAAUUUUUUUUUAUCAUAAGUCUGGCCGAAGAUGUAAAAAUGCCUUUGCAGCGAAUGUUGCGGGCUUCCAGCAAAGUGUCUCUUCAAUUUCCUGGGCCUGGGAAAGCACGACGGCUGCUGCGGCGAGCAACGCAAAUCAAAAUACAGUGUUGGAGUUGUCAAACAUCGUUUGCUCAGCCUCGCAGACCGUUUCCUGUUCCAAACUUGAUAUUUAUGCUGCUUUUUGUCUCAUUUUAUGGAUGUAAUAGUCAACCUUCUGAAGUGCUGGGUCUUUCUAAAGCUUACCCUGAACAGUGUGUUGACUUUCUUGACUUUGUGCAAGUCUUUUGUGGAGACAAGAACGACCCAGCCAAUUGUAUUCCUGAUUCAUGGGUUUGCGAUGGCAUCACAGACUGCAACACUGGAUUCGAUGAAACAGUGGCAACUUGUCAAAAUGAGGACCCUUGCCAGCCUAGUCCAUGUCUGAAUGGGGGGUCCUGUCUUGGUAUCCCUUCUACACUGAAUGUGACUGUUGCUUACCCCAUCUGUGAAUGUUCCGAGCUCUUCACUGGGCAGUGGUGUGAAAACGCUCUCACAGAUGAACCGAGCUCUUCUCAAGCACCAGCACCGGCCUCAGCUUGCGACCCCAACCCAUGCGCUCCCAAUGGUGCAUGCACUCCUUUGCAGGGUAACGCAUUCAGGUGCUCAUGUGUUCCUGAAUAUACUGGUGAGAAAUGUGAAAUUGGCACAGAUCCCUGCAGGAGUGCUCCAUGUCAAAACGGUGGGACAUGUGAGGCAACAGGGCAGAGUUUCCGUUGCUUAUGCACUGAAGGAUGGACUGAUCAGCUGUGUGAAUCUCAAGUUGAUCUGUGCUUAGCCACAGUCUGUGAGAAUGGGGGGACAUGCAGCAGUAGGGAAGGCGUUGCCACAUGUUUAUGUGAUGAUGGGUUUUCUGGUUCUCGUUGUGAGACACCUGCUGGCCAGUGCGGUCCUCAGACGUGUCUGUUUGGUGGCACCUGUGUGGAAAACAAGGAGGACUACUUCUGCUCCUGUGUCCCUGGCCGAGCGGGAAGGUUCUGCGAGAGACAAGAGCUUUGUUCUGAAAAUCCAUGUAAGAACUUUGGCGUGUGUGUCCCAGCUGCAUCAGAGACGGCGUCGCCAGUGUGUAUAUGUGAAGAGGGCUACACCGGCCAGCUCUGUGAGAUAAACAUUGAUGACUGCCCUCCAGGUGCUUGUGGAGACCAAGGUACUUGUGAAGAUGGGCUCAACUCCUACAAAUGUCGCUGCAGUCCCUUCUAUACAGGGCCACGGUGUGAAGCUGUGCUUGAGCCUUGUGACUCCGUUCCAUGCCAGAAUGGUGGCUAUUGCUGCAGUAGCAGCAGACUUUUCUGUUCCCCGGAUCUGCCUAUUGGUGUUUACGAAUGUUACUGUUCAAGCGGCUAUACAGGAAAUCACUGCGAGCUCAGAGUACCCAUGUGCUCUUCAUCCCCCUGCCAGAACGAGGGAAUUUGUACAGAGUCCUUUGACACCUAUCUCUGCACCUGUCCCUUGAUUUACACUGGGAAAAACUGUGAGACGCCCGCAGUGUGUGGGAGUGAGCCCUGUCUGAAUGGAGGCAGCUGCAUUGGGGAGCCAGAUGGAUCGUUUUCAUGUUCAUGUCUGCCCGGUUACAAGGGUGCUCUGUGUGAUGCUGUUGACUGCCGUAUUCGAGACUGUCUCAAUGGCGGGACCUGCGAGACUUUAGAGAAUCAGAAUGCAGUCUGUGCUUGUUCAGAGAAUUUUUCUGGCGAGUUUUGUCAUGUUGUUCUCCCUUGCGCUCGACAACCAUGUCCUGAGGGGGCCCAGUGUGUGAAUAUUUCCCCAACCAAUUUCACCUGCAGUUGUGUUGAUAGUGACAAUGAGUUCUGCAGUAAUGAUUCAGAUUCUAAAUCACCUUGUGAGUCUCAGCCGUGUGUGAACAGCGGUCUGUGUGUUAGGAACGGAGAAAACUACACAUGUCAGUGUGUUGCAGGGUUCACUGGUGUCCGUUGUGAGCAAGACUUAACAUGUAAUCCAAACCCAUGCCUCAAUGGAGGGAGUUGCGUGGGUUUGAAUUCCAGUUACUCGUGUCAGUGUGUUCCCCCAUUUAGCGGUAUUCAUUGUGAAGAAGACCUUACAUGUCGCCCAAACCCGUGCCUUAAUGAAGGGGGUUGCGUGGGUUCAAAUUCCAGUUAUUCUUGUCAAUGUGUUCCACCUUUCAGUGGUAUUCAUUGUGAAGAAAACCCUUUGUGCCAGACAAACCCUUGUCAAAAUGGGGGAACUUGUCUGGUUUUGGCUUCCGGUUACAGCUGUCAGUGUGGUGUUGGAUUCACUGGUGUCCAGUGUGAGGAGCGUUUGGUGUGUGAACCAAACCCAUGCCUUCAUGGAGGAACUUGUGUGAGUUCCAAUUCCAAUUACACAUGUCAAUGUGUGGCAGGUUUCAGUGGUGUCCACUGCGAAAAAGACCUAACGUGUGAGCCAAACCCAUGCAGCAAUGGAGGAAGUUGCACGGGUGCAAAUUCAAGUUUCACCUGUCGGUGUGAUGCAGGGUUUUCUGGCGUCCGUUGUGAAGAAGUCCUUACAUGCAAUACAAAUCCGUGUCUCAAUGGAGGGAGUUGCAUCGCUUCAGAUUCUAGUUCAAGUUACACAUGUCAAUGUGUGGCGGGAUUCAGUGGCAUCCACUGUGAAGAAGACCUUACCUGCAGUACAAAUCCAUGCCUCAAUGGAGGGAGUUGCAUUGCUUCAGGUUCCGGAUACACGUGUCAGUGUGAUGCUGGAUUUUCUGGGGUACAUUGUGAAAACAACGUAAUGUGUAUUCCAAACCCUUGCAAAAAUGAUGGCACUUGCUCUGCUUCAAAUUCCAGUUACAGAUGUCAGUGCGUGGCAGGGUUUACAGGAAUCCACUGUGAAGAAAAGCUGGCGUGUGUGUCAAACCCAUGCGAGAAUGGGGGUACCUGCAUUGAGUCUGGUUCCAGUUACACUUGUGUGUGUGCUGAGGGAUUCAGUGGUUUGCACUGUGAAGAUGACCUUACUCUUAUUCCCUGUGUUUCCAAUCCGUGUCUGAAUGGAGGGAUUUGUACAAGCUCAGGCUCCAGUUAUACGUGUCAGUGUGUUGCUAAAUUCACCGGGGUUCAUUGUGAAGAAAACCUAGCGUGUCAACCAAAUCCAUGUCUAAGUGGAGGGACAUGUGUUGUUUCAAACUCUAGUUACACAUGUCAGUGUGACACGAGGUACACUGGGGCUCAUUGCGAAAACUAUGUUUCUUGUAACCCGAACCCAUGCAUUAAUGGAGGCAGUUGUGUGGGUUCAGGUUCUGCCUACACAUGUCAAUGUAAUAUGGGAUUUACUGGUGUCCAUUGUGAAGUAGACCUUACAUGCGAGCCAAACCCGUGUCAAAACGGAGGAACUUGUGUAGGUUCAAAUUCCAGCUACACGUGUCAGUGUGCAGCAGGAGUCAGUGGGGCCCAUUGUGAAGAAGAUCUUACCUGUAACCCUAACCCGUGCCUAAACGGAGGAAGUUGUUUGGGUUCUAGUUCCAGUUUCAGCUGUUCCUGUACCGCUGGUUACUCUGGGGAUAAUUGUGAGACGUUCCUCCUUUGCUCCAGUAGCCCUUGUCAGUACAACUCAGCAUGUAUUGAUGAUGUAGACAGCGCCUCUUAUCAGUGUGUUUGCUCACCGGGUGUAACGGGAGAGAACUGUGACGUCUUGCUACCUUGCUCGACCAACCCGUGCCGAAACGGUGGUAGCUGUGUCAUCACUGACGACACGUACAAGUGUCUGUGUCGAGAGCAAUACACGGGUCAGAGCUGUGAGACUUAUGUCUCUUGUGCUGGAUCACCGUGCUUAAACAGAGGUAGGUGCGUGGUGGAAGGAGAUGGCUCAUACAGAUGCGAGUGCUUUGGCGAGUUCUUUGGCCCCAACUGCGAGUUCAAGGAUCAUUGCUUCAGUUCACCCUGCAACAACGACGGAGUUUGUGUCAGCAUGCUGGAUACAUUCGAAUGUAAAUGUCCCACUGGCUUCACAGGUACCUUUUGUGACACGCCUGUUUACCCGUGCUCAUCCUCGCCUUGUCUGAAUGACGGACAGUGCGUAACCUCUGGCUUCAACUUCAGCUGUAUCUGCCCUUCUCCAUACGUUGGUCAGACCUGUAACAUUUACGUGCCUUGCAGUAGCUUCCCAUGUCAGAAUGGAGGAACUUGUUUUAACAAAGGGGACGAAUAUUUGUGCAUCUGUUUGAAAAACUUCAAGGGCCUGUCGUGUGAGGUGAAAUUGCCUUGUGCUGAUUCCUUGUGCGUGGAAGGCAGCUGUCUCAACUCCAAUGAUUCUGAGUUUGAGUGUCAGUGUUCCCCGGGCUUCCAAGGGCCUCUGUGCAACGUGACUGUACCGUCAUGUGACUCCUCCAACUGCAUAAAUGGCGAGUGCCAUGUGAACAACACUGCAAGUUUCUGCAGUUGCUUCCAAGGUGUUUCAGGACCAUCGUGUGAGGUAAUCUCCGAUGCCUGCUUAUCCCAGCCAUGUCAGAACGGAGGGUCGUGCGAGUCUGUGGCCUCUUCCUUUGUGUGUGACUGUCCCAGUACUUUCACGGGUCGGUUGUGUGAAACUGAGUUACCUCCCUGCUUCUUUGAGCCGUGUCAGAAUAAUGCAACCUGCUUGAAUAGGGAUGAGGACGAAGGUGGUUACUCUUGUGUCUGCAGGGAUGGAUUUACAGGAACCAAUUGUGACACAGCCCUCCUUCCUUGCGACAGUUCACCGUGUCUCAACUCCGGGACCUGUGAGCACACGUCUGAUGCCAGAGGAUUUGUGUGCAGCUGUUCGGCUAUUUACACUGGACAACUGUGCGAGACACCUGUCGAUGUCUGUGCUUCUCAGCCGUGCCUCAACAGAGGGGUCUGCAGUGCUUCUGCGAUGAUCACCCCAAGCAAUCCUCGUGGGUUUGAAUGCAUCUGUCCACCUCCACAUACAGGAACGUUUUGCGAGUCUUUAGUGAAAACAUGUGUUCCAUCACUGUGCCAGGGAAGGGGUGAAUGUGGCAUCGAUGAGGUCGGUGCGUUUUGCAACUGUUCCUCUGGCUUCGGUGGUUUAUUUUGUCAGUUUGUGGAAGCUGAUGUCUCGUGUGACAGUGCUGGAGGUGGUGCUGUUUGUCAGAAUGGCGGAACGUGCUCGCAGAGUGAUUUAGGUGGGGUUGUCUGUCUUUGCCCCGAGGGUUUCACAGGUGUGACAUGUGAGAGUGUUGUGGUCACCGGCUGCCAGCCUAAUCCCUGCAAUAGCGGCAGUUGUGUGCCCAGGUCGUCAGGGGGGUUUGACUGUUUCUGUCCUCCGGGGGCCUCUCCUCCCCUUUGUUAUGUUUAA